CCGAACCAAGUUCCAACACAUCACAGCCACCCAGAAACAAAUACCUCCCAUCAAACCCUUAGUUCGCUGUUCUUCCACUCAACGAACCCUUCAAUAUGAUCAUGAAAUUUCUCAUUAAAGCUACCAUCAUCGCCGUCGCGGCAACGGCGGCCAAGAUCCCUGCCAAAUGCACCGACAACACUUCCGACGGCUUCCGCCUCUGGGCCAACAUGACCUACCCCGAUGUCCCGCCGGAGUUCGGCCCUUAUGUUCAGGGACAAGAGCUCGGCUAUGUGAUUCACAGUACCGAGUGCUUGGCCGACGUGAUCCUGGUACCCGCCGGCAACGGAUCGGUCUUCCGCACCGACGGCGACACCGUCGGCGUUGCCCACCUCGGCGUCGACGACAACCGCCCCUCUGCCGGCGUGGUUGUCACCCCCGGCGGCACUGCAACGGUACCGUCUGGCCGCCCCGUGGAGCUGAGGUGCUCGGGCGGGACUCCUGGAAUCUUUCUCACGGACUACGGCCUGGAAUAUCCAGAGGAAGCUGGUCCGCCGGGGGCUGGCGGGUUCAUGGCGUGUAAAACAGGGGACGGCGUGGUGUUGAGCUUCUUUAGGUGGGGCCAGAGGCCACUUCUUGGUUGUACUGUCGUUCAGCUGCUUCCCAUCUACUAAUGAACAGGACUGGGCUAUUUCUAAUCCUCCUUUCCCGCGUGUACCUAUCCUCACGGUUUCUAUUUCUCUUGCUUUCUACGGACCCAUUCAACACAAUGCAGCACCGCUGUCCUCUGGUGUGCGACAGUUAGCAAGGCAUGAAAUUGUAGAUUAGAUUUGACAGAAGCUAGCUGGGGAGAAAAGAUUUCUUUAUACAGGCGAUGACGACGACGACAAUAAAAUGAUGUUA